AUGGACAAAGUGGAAAUUACGGAUGAUGAAAUUGAUGUCAAUGCUGCUCUAAAAAACUUGUCAAAUCCAGAGUGUGGUGCCACGGUUUUCUUUUUAGGAACAACCAGAGACAAUUUUAACGGCAAAAAAGUAGUAGAACUGCAUUAUGAAGCAUAUACUCCCAUGGCCAAAUCCGAAAUGCUGAAAAUUUUACACACUAUGAAGACGGAAUACAACGUCAGGAAUGUUGUUCUCAUUCAUCGCCUUGGGCACGUUUCCGUCUGUGAAGCUAGUGUUCUUGUUGCUGCCAGCUCUGCACACAGGAAAGAAGCGCUAGAAGCAGUUUCAUAUGCUAUUGAUGCUAUAAAAUUGAAAGUUCCAAUUUGGAAAAAGGAAAUGUAUGAGGAUGGCACGUCAAAUUGGAAAGAAAACGCAAGAUGCUAG